AUGUUGUUGCAAAGUGCUUCCCUCCUGAUGCUGGCCCUGACGGCCUCCGCCGAGCCAUAUAACACCUAUGACGGCCCUGGCUUCCCCGCCUGUCACGAUGUAGCAGCCGUAUACAACCCCAAGACCGUUGACGACAUCCAAGCGGUCGUCCAGGAGGCCAUCGUCGCCGGCCAAAAGGUCCGCGCCUCAGGACUCGGACACAUGUGGUAUGAUACCAUGUGCUCCGACGACCCGAACACGGUCAUCAUCAGACGGAGAGGUACACAACAUCUACGAUCUCGACUCGAGGGUGGUCCGUGUGGUCGAGCUGGCGUGACCUUCAUCCAGCUCGCGAGUGGCUGCACGAGCGUGGCGCCUCGGUCGGGUACACGCUGUCACUGGAACAUCACGCUGGCAGGCUCCGUUGCCAUGGGCGCUCACCGGUCGUCGAUCCGCGAGGAUUCGAUGGUCGCUGCCGGCGUGUUGGAGAUGGACAUUGUCGACGGCACAGGCCAGGUUAGACGCAUUGUUCGGGACGAGAAGAACGACGACUGGUUGGCUGCUAGCACUUCUCUUGGUCUGCUGGGUGUCAUUGUAAGGAUGAAGUUCAAGAUCUACCCCGACUUCAAGGUCUAUGCCGACCAGAAGACGCUUGAUGAAGAUAAGGUACUCAACGGCGACAUUUAUGGCAUGAUUGCGCCUUACGCGACUGCUAACUUCUGGUGGUGGCCGUACAAACGCAAGUUCCAUUGGCGCUACUACGAUGAAGUUCCCGAAGGCACCAGCGAGCAGCAGGGCUUCCAGAACACGUUCUCGGUAACGGCGCUUGAGGGUAACACGGCGCGCGUGCUUCUCGACAGCGGCAAGUAUCUGGCAACGUCAAACAUGCUGGCCGAGGAAAUCUUCUUCGGGCAGUGGGAGAAGCCCAACUUCCGGGAGAAGACGACGUGGGCGCCCAUUGAAAAAUGGCCAGUCUACGGCUGGAACUACGACGUGCUCAUUGGCGGUCUGUACCCGGAUCAGCGGCCGAACUGGGAGUACGGCUUGCGCGCGUACACGCUGGAGCUGGCGUUCCCGAUUACGCAGGCCAACACUGUGCUCAAGCGCGUGACUUACAACACCUCGGACGGUGCAGACUGGACCAAGGGAGCCAUCAUGUUUGACUUCCCGAGCUACCGACCGAGCAUUGGAGAUAAUCUUCGCUUCAACGAGCCGUUCUACCACAAGCUCGCCAAGACACUCGUCGACGAGUUUCCCUGCCGCCCUCACUGGACCAAGAACACGAGGGAGGUCUUCAAGAACUCGGCAAAAAAUAUUGACCCCGAUCACCUGCGCCGAUUCAAGGUUGUCAGGAAGAAGUUUGAUCCCAACGGGGUCUUCAAGAGCGUCGUCGGUGAGACCCUGGGACUCUAUUAG